CUUUCCUCUCAAAAGUUCCCCAUCUAAACAAAGCGGCAAAAAUUGUCAUUCAAAAUUUGUCCGGUAGAGUUGCAAAGUGCAGCAUCACCGGAGAAAACCGUUCGGGAGAAAAUGGAGUCCUUGCGGCUGAGCUGCGAAAGAGAAGUCGCCGUCGAAAUGCAGAAAAUCGACUCUUUCACAGCUUCGUUUUCUCAAUCUAUGGAUUCCAUCAAGUCUACAGCUGAACAAACUCUCCAAAAUCAAGAGAAAUUAGGGAAGCUGAAAUCUAGCUUGCGGGAAGCUGAGGCGGACUUUGUUAAAGUAUUAGCAGUGAAAACUCGUAAGGAGGCUAAGCAAAUCGCAAUAAGAGAAGCCAUAUCUGCUACCAGAGAUAGAGUAGAAGAGCUUAAAAGAACUUUGGAAAUUCAGAGGGCUCGGAGGGACCAAUAUGCAGCAAUUAUUUCUCAUGAAUCUCUUGAUGAGGAUAUCCAAGGAAUUAAACAUAAAAUAGAAGAAACUCAAGAGGGAAUCUCAUGGUAUAAUAAGGUUCUUGGUUUUCACAUUAAGGGAGGACGAGGUGUGAAGUUCACAUUUAACAACAUCGACAUGAGAAAUCCACACAAGGAGUACACGUUAACUGUUUGCCAUGAAGAUGAUACAUAUACUUUGUUGGCUUGUGAUCCACACUUGAGUGGCACGAAAGAGUUGAUCGAUGAAAUGAAUAAAACCAAUGGCUUGUUCAAAUUUGUCAGAACAAUGAGAGAGAAGUUCCAAGCAAUUCCGUCACUUGGAAUUUCACCUCAAUCUAACAGUCUGCAUCAAGAGUGUACCACAGUAUCUGCCUCUGCUCCAGUUAUGUCCACUUCAACUGAAAUAAGUGAAUCUCCAACCAAGGAAAAUGAAUAUCCUCGUGAAGAAGAAAGACAGUUCAAGAAAGUUAAUCUUGGAAGCGGGAUUAAGAAUAACCUAGAAAUUGCAUCCCAUCGUCGCUCUCCUCGACUUGUUAAGCGCAAAAAAUGAAGUUGAAGUGAAGCAGGUUGCUUUCACAUCAUGGUGUGUUUCUAACUUGCUCAAUAGCCAUAGUUUCUGACUUGAUUGCAUAACAUCGGAGAACAUUUGCUGAAUGGAUCCGACUUAUUAUUAUUUGAAAAGCUCUACACCAUAACUGCUGUUGCUCCUCAGACAUGAAGAUCUCACGUUGUGUGUUUAUAUUGUAAUCCUGUAAUGUGAUGAGACAAUGACGAAGAGGUAAAUAACUGAUCCUCAUAAUGAUUAUUUAUUCUGUCACUAAAGAAUAUUUCAAUCCUGUUGAUCU